AUGGCGGUAAAUGUUUAUUCUACAAACGUAACAACUGACAACCUCUCUCGACAUGACAUGCUAGCAUGGGUCAACCAAUGUCUUGACAGCAGCUUCGCGAAGAUCGAGGAGCUGUGCACGGGGGCGGCUUAUUGUCAGUUCAUGGACAUGCUUUUUCCGGGUUCUGUGCAACUCAAACGAGUUAAAUUUCGGACCAAUUUGGAACACGAAUAUAUACAAAAUUUUAAAAUCCUGCAGGCCAGUUUUAAAAAGAUGCAAGUAGAUAAGAUAAUUCCAGUAGAUAAAUUGAUAAAAGGCAGGUUCCAGGACAAUUUUGAGUUCCUGCAGUGGUUCAAGAAAUUCUUUGACGCAAACUACGAUGGACGGCAGUACGAUGCCUUGGAAGCGAGGGGCGGCAUUCCGAUAGGGGCCGGUGCCGCAAACGGCCACCAUUAUAGCGCCCCCGCUCAUCAUAGCGUCCCGGCUCAUCACAGCGCCCCUGUUCAUCACAGCGCCCCUGCCCAUCAUAGCGCCCCGGCCCACACCCCAAAACCCCAUGUACAGACCAGACAGGUGCCCAAGGCUGCCGUCAAACCAAAUACAAUGAAGCCACCAGCAACUAGAAACCAAGGUGGGGAUGCUGGUAAAAUAGAAGAGUUAUCGAAUCAAGUAGCAGAAUUUAAGCUAACAGUCGACGGACUAGAAAAAGAAAGAGAUUUCUAUUUUGGUAAACUAAGGGAUAUUGAAGUUAUGUGUCAAGAAUGUGAAGAUGGAAAUCCUAUUAUUCAGAAAAUAUUGGACGUUUUAUAUGCCACCGAGGAAGGAUUUGCUCCUCCUGACGAGGUAGAAGGAGUAGGAGAAGAAGACGAAUAUUAA